AUGCGUCGAAUGCGCCAAGGACUGCUUCUACUCAAGCGUGAAAUAUUCUAUCAAGCUAUGCAGUCCGGUCAUAAGGUAGUGGAUGCUCGAGGAAUCGCUGAACGCGCAGUAAAAAUAGCCGAAGAGAGGGCAGUAAAAAAGCACGAAAUUCUCACACAGAACUAUACGGAAGAAGAAAAAAAGAAGAAACUUGAGGAGCUGGAAAAGGCCGAAAAAGAAAAUACUUUUUAUAAUGUUGCAAUGCGAUUGGCAAGCAAAAUGCUUUACCCAGAUGACCCAUUGCCUGAUGCAUCCCAUGUAAUCCAAUCAAAUGUUGUUCAACCAAAUCCGCAUACGAGGAGUAUAUUUGAAAAUCCGGAAGACCGGCUGAAUAUUUUCAAAUCAGCGGAUAUACCGAAACUAAAGGAACACUCAAUUAAGCAAUGGGUCGAAUGGGACAAAAAUGCAGCAGCGUAA